AUGGAUGAUAUAGCUGAAUCAUAUGGGUGUAUGACGGCGAAUUGGCUGAGUGAACAACUGGCAGACUUUAUGUACACAUUUGAAGAUGAUCCUGAUGGGGUAUUUGUCGCCAAAGCAAAUGAUCUCUCCAAACAGUAUUGCAAAAAUGGUGAAGAUUUUAUAAGUGAAUUAAUCGCAUUUGCUACCAAUCAAAAGGAGACACAUGUGAAUCUUUCGAUAUUGGAUAAUUUUGAACAGCUGAUUCUUCAAAGAGCUGUUCAAAAUUUCAAGAAUGAGUCGUUCAAUAUCUCUAACAUGAAAAUUGCAUUUAACCAACAUAAUAAAAAUUCAUGGCUUGAUGAGAGUAGUAUAGCUGACAGUUGUAGUACGAUUGUAAACUUUUCGAACGAUGUUUUCACUUUGCCUAAAAAAUAUUUGGCUUUUACACCAAUCAGGAAAUCCGUAUCUGAUGCUGCAUACCAGAAUCGGAAAAAUUCGGGCAAAGUUGUCGUAGAAUUCGUAGGCAAAAAUUUCACUGCAAAAAUAAAUAAUAGAACUAAAGAUAGCAAUGAAUGUAAAGUUGUUGUGGAAAAGCUCUACACUGAUGAUUACAAAAAUUUGUUACAAUAUGGUGCAGAGAAAGAUUUGGAGCAAGUUGAAGCACUUGUUACACGAGUACAGAGUUUGUGCGAUAUAAUCAAAGAAGAAAACGCAACAUUAAUUGACGAUGAACAAAUAGAUUCAUUAUCAUUAAUACGAAACAUAUAUUCGGGAUUCAUCGUGAAUACUACAGAAGAUCCAUUAGAUGCCUCAAAUUGUUCAUUGCAAUGCAUUGAUCAAAAUGCUGCUGUUAUAAACCUUGAUCUGAGCAAUCUUAAAGCUUAUUCAUUUUAUUUUCUUCUAUUACGGAUUGUUUCACUUCAUGGAGCUUUUGUUGGUGAUAAUUUUUUCCCGGAUGAAAUUUUCGAACCCAAAGAACCAUCGAUUGCAUCUCUUAAUAAGCAAUCAAACAUUGAUCUGCUUCAUGUUUGGUGUGCCUGUGGACCAUUUACUUCUUCUAAAACUCUCUCUUAUGAACAGCUCUGCGAUCUAAUGGAAUUAGUGAAGAAGGAGCGACCUAAUAUUCUAAUUUUGAUUGGUCCAUUCAUUGACCGAACAAGUCCAGUGGUAAAGUCACCUCAGUGUUGUUAUACAUACGAGGAUCUUAUGAAUAUGCUUCUUGCAAAAAUUGAUGAAGUCUUAUUAGGAACUGAUAUUCAAGUGUUAAUAGUUCCAAAUGGAAAAAAAGAUGCCGCAAUACGACCGUCAUUUCCUACUCCACCGUUUCGUUCACUUAAACAACGAAAGCAGCAAUUAAGCAAGAAUAUACUACUUUUACCGGAUCCUGCCAUCGUUCGGAUUGCUGGUAUUGAAUUUGCUGUAACAGCGUCGGAAAUCAUCCAGCAUUUAGGAAGAGAUGAAAUAGGUCAUUCAGAUAGUUGUGAAGACCAUGAUCGAAUGUCUCGACUUGUUCGAGAUUUGUUCAGGCAGCGUUCUUUGUAUCCAUUGUAUCCUGCAGCUCAUGAUAUUACCUACCGACUUCGUCAAGCUAUUGAACGCACAUCACUUUCUGCAAUACCUCACGUCACUAUUAUGCCGUCGGUACUUGCACCUACCGUUAAGGUAGUUGCCGGUUCAGUAUUUGUGAAUACCAAUGCAUUAGUACGUGGAAGCAGUGGUACAUUUAUGAAAUUAAAAAUUGAUCUCAAACAGAUUGAUCUUACAAAAGAGAAUUCGCAAACAUCAGUUGCUGACUUCUGCGAAGUACAAAUUGUGCAAUUGUGA